AACAUCUUCUCCAGAAAAAAAAGGAGCACCAGCAGCAGAAGCAGAAACACGAAGGCCACUAACAGCUGGCUCCAUCCCGGUCAUUUCGUCGUUUCGGCCUGUCAGUGUCAGCGACACAGAGACAUCUACGACAUCCUUCUCUUCCAGUGAGUGCCACCAACCCAGGGCAAUGGUCCCCAACGACACCAAAGCAGCAGGGACUUUUCUUUCGUCGCGCUGGGCAGUCGACAGAGGCCGUGGCAAGGCGCGAACAAGCACGCAAAGAAUUCUUCUUUUCCGCCUUCCGAAGCCCGAUCGAGCGGGUCGCAUCGAAUCUGCCGCGGUACCUCCUCUGCGAUCCCUGUCUGCGCACGCUCGUAUCGAAUCAAGCUGCCAGGGCCAAUGGUCACAGUGCGCUGGACAUGGAGGGUCGGAGGCGACAAAGCAGGGCACUCUCCACCCUGCCGACACAGGUUUUGCACCAUGAACCUCGACAAGCCUCUCAAGCUUCCAGUCUAACCCGCCUUAUCGCCCGUCCCAAGAAAAGGGGCAGCAGUGCACCGUCGCACCAGCCAAGGCCUGGAUAAGGGAAAAUUGGGAAAGGCACCACCUGUUGCAUUCAUCCACAUCCGCCCACCAGCUUCCUCUGCCUUGCCGGGUUCUUCAUGUCGAGCACUUGUGUUUUUGUUUUGGCCUUCAUGUUCAUCUCACCGUCUCACGGGGGCCAUGCCGGCAUUUGCUUUCCUUCGACGGCCUUUCUAAGGAGAUGGCCGAGGGUCCGCGAAAUGAUGUCGAUGCCGUCGAGAUGAAGUGGGAAAAGGAGAACUGAUGAGCCAACGAGCGAACGUGCCGAAAGUGAUAAUUCCUAUCAAAAGCAACUGAUAGGCUGAGUGGCCUCGACGCGGCUCCGCCUAUCUGCGCUCCGGUAUUCUUCCGCGCGCGAGGGUGGCCAACGCGAGCUGGGGAGGUGUGGCAGCUGUAAUGCUCCCACGCCCAGCAUCCAGAUCUCCACUUGGAAGGUCUGACCACGGGUUUCCAUGCCCCCUUUUCCCGCCUCUCUCUCUCUGUGACCGGAUGGGGCUUCGUCGUGACGUGGAGUUCACAGCUAGGGCUGGCUGGCCUGUCCAACGUGUCUCGUCCGUCCGGGGGUCGGGAGGGGGGGGGGAGGGCUUCGAUAGCGCGCAUCUUUUUCCCUUUCUAAUCUGUUGGUGGUUGCCAUCAUCGUCCUUCUUUGUAUUGUUGUGUUUUCAAAAGUUGUACUGCUGAAUUUUUGUCUUGUCUUGUCUUUUGUUUUUUAUUGGCAUUGUCUCUCGUUUCCAAACCUACUGUCGCUCCCAAUGAGAGGCGAGCGACGGUCAACAUGAUCCGCCCUCCGUUCUUUUCGAAUGCCCUACUCAUCACCCUCCUUACGGCCACCACACUCGUUCAAGGCCUCAGAUACGACAAGGAUGAAGAGAACUGGAACCUCAACACGAAGAAGUCGGCCAAGACGCCGCUCGAAUAUGACUACGAUGUCUCUCUACGACCAGAAAACUACACCUACAUGGACUCCCCCACAAACUGGCGGAUGCCCGUAUACACACUCUUUUUAGAUCGAUGGGUCAAUGGCGACCCAAACAAUGACGACAUCAACGGCACUCUCUACGAGACCGACAUGAUGAGCACGCAGCUACGCUUUGGAGGAGAUCUCGAAGGACUGAGGGACUCUCUCGACUACAUUGCUGGCAUGGGUGCCAAGGCCAUUUACAUUGCUGGAUCUCCCUUCAUCAACUUGCCAUGGGGUGCCGACUCCUACUCGCCCAUCGACUUGACUAUGCUUGAUAAGCACUUUGGACACAUCCGUGAGUGGCAGGAGGUUAUCCAUGAAAUUCACGAGCGCAACAUGUGGGUUAUCAUCGAUAACACCAUGGCUACCAUGAGUGAUCUGAUUGGUUUCGAGGGCUUCCUCAACGAGACGACGCCUUUCCGGACCGAAGAACACAAGGUUCUGUGGAAAUCUGAUCGUGUGUACCCCGACUUCUCCAUCGGUAACGAGUACAACGAAACAUGUGACUACCCCGAAUUCUGGUACGAGGACGGCAAGCGCAUCAAGCCGCCAGGACUCAAGGGCUGCUACAACAGUGACUUUGACCAGUAUGGUGAUAUCGAAGCCUUCGGUGUGUUUCCCGAUUGGCAGCGUCAGCUGGCCAAAUUCGCCUCGGUGCAGGAUCGUCUCCGCGACUGGCAUCCUUCUGUGGCCGCCCGUAUUGAACACUUUUCUUGCAUGGCCGUGAGGGCCCUGGACAUUGACGCUUUCCGUAUCGACAAGGCCGUCCAGGUCACGGUGGAUGCCCAGGCUUCCUUCAGCUCUGCAAUGCGCAAGUGUGCCACCGACAUUGGCAAGACCAACUUUGCCGUCUUUGGUGAAAUCACGAGCGGCAACACUCUUGGAUCCAUUUACAUUGGCCGUGGCCGCGAGCCCGGGGCGGCCGAGAACUUGCAUCCCGAAAAGGCCAUGAACAUGGACUCGGACUGGAAGAACAACCAGGACCUUUUUGUCCGGGAGCCCGGCAACAGUGCCCUCGACGGCGGUGCUUUCCACUACUCCAUCUACCGUUCCAUGACGCGUUUCCUCGGCCUCAGUGGACAUCUCCAGGCCGGUUUCGACUUGCCUGUCGACUGGGUCAUGACCUGGCACGAGAUGCUCAAGACCAACGACAUGUACAAUGCCAACACGGGCAAGUUCGACCCUCGCCAUCUCUACGGUGCCACCAAUCAGGAUGUGUUCCGUUGGCCGUCGGUUGUUCAGGGCAUGGAGCGUCAGUUGCUCGCCUAUUUCAUCAUCACGUUUGUGCUCCCAGGCGCGCCCAUCAUCUACUACGGCGAGGAGCAGGCGCUCUACGCCCUCGAUGGUACGGCUUCCAACUACGUUUUCGGUCGCCAGGCGAUGGCCCCCUCGCCAGCGUGGAAGGCACACGGGUGCUUCCAGCUCAACGUCACGCAGUACAUUGGCUGGCCCGUCGAGAAGGGCCGUCUCGGCUGCCACGACGACGGCGUUGCUCGGGACCACCGCGAUCCUGCGGCCCAUCUGCGGAACACCUUCAAGCACAUGUUUGCCAUCCGCGAUCACCUUCGCAGCAUCGAUCAUGGCUGGUACCUCAAGACUCUCGCCCAGCAAACCGAGGAGAUUUGGCUGGAUGGUAGCACAAACUUCACCGAGACUGGUAUCUGGAGCGUUGGCCGGGGGACCUCCGACACGCAACCGGAGGACGAAGAGCCUGUGUGGCUCAUCUACAGCAACCGCAACAAGACCCAUACCUACGAAUUUGACUGCAGCAACCCCGAUACCUUCAACAACGGCGCCUUCAUCGCUCCCUUUGACGCUGGCACCAAGAUUCGGGAUGUCUUUGAGGACGGACCUGAGAUCACUCUCGAGGCUUCUCCUGUCAAGAACGAGUUCGGCAACAGCACCAAGAAUGCGGGCUGUCUCAGCAAGAUUGUCAUGCCCCCUUAUGGCUUCAAGAUGUAUGUGCUCAAGGACAGCUGGCUCGAGCCGGCCCCCAUGAUCACCAAGUUUGAACCCGGUCAUGACAUGUCCAUCGAUUCCACCGGCAAGGGCGGUGUGAUCCCGAUUCGCCUCGAGUUCAACCACGAGAUGGACUGCGACUCUGUCAAGAAAUCGACCACCGCCGUCCUCACGGUGGACCACUCGGGCAUAGCCAACCCCAAGAAGCUCGACAUCACCUGGGACAACAAUGCCUGUGGGACGUUUACCCCCUCCGAGAAGAGCGAGUACAUCGGGUCGAUCGAGUCAACUUGGAAGAUCACUGGAAAGCUCACCAAUGUCCAAGACGGCAUCAUCAAGCUGUCCGUCAGGAACGCUACUAGAGAGGACGGAUCUGCCAGCACCAAUGCCAAUGAUCAUUUCUUGAUCCGGUUUGGGGCGCCAAACAACCCGGUCGUGUUUCCAUCGUCGGCCAACUACUCCCGCACCCUCUUGCACUUUGACGGAAACAGGAUGGCCAUCAAUCACAGCGCCCCGGGCGCUACGCAUUUCAGGUUCAGCACCGACUUCGGUUCCCUCUGGAGCGAGUGGUUCCCGUACGACGCCGAAAAGACAUACCAAGAAGUCGACGCCAUGUACCGAGACAACACUCUCUGGACAGGCACGGAGCUGCAGAAGUGGGAGGGCAAGCACCUGCAGGUUCAGUACUUCAGCAAGCCCCUCGGCUCGUCCGGCUUCAUCCAGCACGCCGACAGCAACGACAUCACUUUUGAGCGUCAUGUCCCACACAUUCGAAUCCACGGUCCGUACAACAAGUGGGGCUAUGAUGCCGGCUUGCCCGGCUCCAUGGACUUGGUUCACCACCACACCUGGGAGCUGCACUACAUGUAUGAGUGGCCGGCCGAGUUCCAGCUGAACGUUUGGGGUAUCAAUCCCGACAACCAGCCCGAUGUCGGCUUCAUAUACGGUGACAUUGACAACGACGGCAUCGUCGACCGUCUUCCCCCGAGCAGUCUGGCCAGAAACGUCAUCAACAUCACCGAGCCCCCUCCCCUGCCGCAGCUCGCCUACAAGCUCGUCUACAACGACGCUACGUGGAGAUUCGAGUACAUUCCCACUGGUCACAUUGGCAUCCAGGUGGUUCUCUUCAUCCUCCUUGCCAUCAUUCCCGUCUUGCUCGCCGUGCUUGCAGGCUGGAUCUACAUGCACAGCUUCUACCAGGUCAAGAUCAAUAAGUCUGGCUUCAGCUCCAAGGGCUGGGUCCCGCUCAAGCUUGGCAACCUGUCCAAGCUUGACUUCCGGAAUCUUGGCAAGGGUGGUGUCGAGAUGAGCCCCAUGCCUCCCCCGCCUCCCAGCGCUGCCUUGGUUCCUUUUGGUAGCGGCGGUGGUCAGAGGACCGUCUUGAUCGCGACCAUGGAGUACAACAUUGACGACUUUGGCAUCAAGAUUAAGAUUGGUGGUCUCGGUGUGAUGGCUCAGCUCAUGGGUUCUGCCCUGAAGCACAUGAACCUCAUCUGGGUCAUUCCGGUCGUCGGCGAUGUCACGUAUCCCUUUGACAGCAUGCAGGCCGCCGAGCCUAUGUACGUCCAGGUCAUGGGCCAGCCGUACGAGAUUGAGGUCUACUACUAUACUGUCAACAACAUCACCUACGUCCUCCUGGACGCCCCCAUCUUCCGCAAGCAGACCAAGGCCAACCCCUACAUCGCGCGCAUGGACGACAUUGAGUCGGCCAUCCUGUACGCCGCCUGGAACUCCUGCAUUGCCGAAACCAUCCGCCGGUUCCCCGUCGACAUCUACCACAUCAACGACUACCACGGUGCCGCCGCCCCUCUGUAUCUCCUUCCUCAGACCGUCCCCUGCUGUCUCUCGCUCCACAACGCCGAGUUCCAAGGUAUGUGGCCUAUGCGCACACCUGAGGAGCAAAAGGAAGUCUGCGAGGUCUUUAACCUCCCCCCCGAGGUGGUCAGGGACUAUGUCCAGUAUGGUUCCGUGUUUAACCUGCUCCACGCCGGUGCGAGCUACCUCCGUAUCCACCAACGUGGCUUUGGUGCCGUCGGGGUGUCCCGAAAAUACGGUGACCGUUCUCUGGCCCGCUACCCUAUCUUCUGGAGUUUGAAGAACAUUGGCCAGCUGCCCAACCCCGACCCCUCGGACACUGCCGACUGGGACCCGAACGAGGAUAUCUCGAACCAGUCGAAGGAGAUCGAGAUUGACCAGAGCUUUGAGGAGAAGAGAGGCGACCUCCGCCGUCAGGCCCAAGAGUGGGCUGGCCUUGAGGUGGACCCCACAGCCGAGCUCUUCGUCUUCGUCGGACGUUGGAGUUUGCAGAAGGGUGUUGAUUUGAUCGCUGAUAUUUUCCCCAGCAUUUUGGAGAAGUACCCCAAGACGCAGCUCAUUUGCGUCGGCCCCGUCAUUGAUCUGUACGGCCGUUUUGCGGCCCUCAAGUUGGAAAAGCUGAUGAAGAAGUACCCCAAGAGGGUCUACAGCAAGCCCGAGUUCACCCAACUUCCGCCAUACAUCUUCAGCGGUGCCGAGUUCGCCCUGAUUCCGUCUCGUGAUGAACCUUUCGGCCUGGUUGCCGUCGAGUUCGGAAGAAAGGGUGCGCUCGGUGUCGGCGCUCGUGUUGGUGGUCUUGGUCAGAUGCCCGGUUUUUGGUACACUGUCGAGUCCAUGACCCCCUCCCAUUUGCUCCAGCAGUUCAGGCAGGCUAUUGUCUCGGCUCUGGAUUGCAAACACAACAAGCGCCAAAUGAUGAGAGCGUGGAGUGCGAAGCAGCGUUUCCCCGUCGCCCAGUGGCUCAAGCAGCUGGACGAGCUCUACAGCGAGUCCAUCCGCAUCCACCAAAAGGAGGCCAAGAAGAAGAAGUUUGAUGCGCUCAGCCCCAGCCCCAUGGGGACCAGGCCAUCGUCUCGUGCCAGCAACAUCUCGAACACUUACGUGGAUCCAACCGGCGGCGCUCACACUCCAGGAAUCACCCCCAGCCCAAGUCCGGGACCAGAACAAGGCCUCAUGACGCCGAGACUGGCUUCCCCAGAAGCCCUGCCCACGCCCACGGCACCAUGGGCAGGUGGUAUGAAGUCCAACUCGCCUCGUGAAUCGGUUGCCAGCUCCAUCAAUGGAAACACACUGUACGCCAAUCCCGCGGCCCAAAGUAGUACUGUCAGCGUUGACAGUUUCGCAAUCAGGGCCCAGAAAGACGGCAUGCACUCCCCAGGACUGGCCCCAUCGGACAACGGACUCAGCCUUCCCCGGCCGGCCUUUGGAAAUGCCAACCGCAACAGCAGUCUUCUCAGUCUUCCCGAUGUCGUCGGUGACAGGCAAGACUUCAAGCUGCAGCAGGUGGACCAGUUCUUCAAUGACACCAACGGAGAGUACUAUGCCGAGUUCGAAGACAUGCUCGAGACGUUGAGCGCCGGCAACUCGACCAACGAGCUAUGCAUCGAAACAUUCCUCAAGAGAAGCGAAAAGGAGUGGUUCGCGAGAUAUCGUGACGCCAAGCUUGGGCGGUAUAGAGAAUCCCACAUCGGCAGCCCUGGCAGCCGGCCCGAGUCGAGAAACGGUCUUGGUGGGCGAAACGAGUCGGUUGUCAGCCGUGGACGUCAACGACACCGCAGCAUGACCCCCAGCGGUCUGGCCAGGUCCGUCUUCGAGACCUCGCCACCAGGCAAUGGCGGCGGCGGCGGCAUGGUGGACGAUGAGUUCCUGUUGGGCGAUGGUUACAGAGCACCAACAGGUCUCAAGAGAAUCAUGUCUAUUCGCAUCGGUGACUGGCCCAUCUACUCGUUCUUCCUCGCCCUCCAGCAAGUCAUUUCCGUCAGCUCGUACCAGAUUGUCCUCCUCACAGGCGAAACCAACCAAACGCCAGAAAAGCUCUACAUGGUCGCCGCUACCUACAUGGCCACGUCGUUGAUCUGGUGGGCACUCGAGAGAAACUUCAAGUCUGUCUACUCGCUCUCGGCCCCGUGGUUCUUUUACGGUCUCGCCUUCAUGUUGAUUGGCAUUUCGCCCCUGCUUUCCGACUGGCGCGUGUCCAACAAGCUCGAGGAAGCUGCCACCUGCUUCUAUGCCGCCGGCGCCAGUUCCGGUGCCCUGUCCUUUGCGCUCAACUUUGGUGACGAAGGUGGCGCGCCUACCAAGCAGUGGAUCACUCGUGCCCUCGUGGUGUCGGGCUUUGCGCAGGUGUUCAGCAUUGGUCUCUGGUACUGGGGCUCCAUUGUCUCGACUCUGGAUCCCACAUCCACUAUCUUUGUCGGCACUUCCAAGGUCCCCCAAGCCAUCGUCGUCGGCAUUCCCAUCUGCCUACUCAUGUGGGCCAUUGGUGCCAUGCUUUAUGUUGGUCUCCCUGACUUUUACCGGCAAUCUCCGGCGAGCAUUCCCGGUUUCUGGAUCUCGCUUUGGCGCCGCAAGGUCGUCCCCUGGUUCUUUGUCAUGAUCAUCAUCCAAAACUACUGGCUGUCGGCUCCCUAUGGCCGCAGUUGGCAGUUCCUGUUCAACACGCAGCACGUUCCCGGCUGGGGUAUCUUCUUGCUUGCCUUGGGCUUCUACGUCGGCCUUUGGGCCCUCGUCUUGUGGGGCUUCUCUCAUUUCAGCGAGGAGCACACCUGGCUCCUGCCCAUCUUCGCCAUCGGCCUCUGCGCACCACGGUGGGCGCAGGAGUUCUGGGGCACAUCCGGCAUGGGCUGGUACCUCCCGUGGGCUGGUGGCCCUGUCGGCUCAGCCAUUCUUUCCCGCUGCCUGUGGCUCUGGUUGGGUCUCUUGGACAACAUCCAGGGCGUCGGGUUGGGCAUGUUGCUCCUGGCCACGCUGACCAGACAGCACGUCCUGACCGUCUUGGUGGGCGCCCAGGUCAUCGGCAGUGCUUUCACCAUGCUGGCGCGGGCGACCAGUCCCAACGCACUCUCGCCCAACACCACGUUCCCUGACUUCAGCCAGGGCAUCAUGCCUGGAGCAGCCAGUCCUUACUUCUGGGUGUGUCUGGGAUUCCAGCUGAUCAUCCCCUUUGGGUUCUUCAAGUUCUUCAGGAAGGAGCAGGUCGAGAAGCCCUAAAAGUUUUGCUAUACUACCUUUAUCGUAAUGCCUAUUGUGCGUCUUGUUGCUGUUGCAGUCAUGUUGGUGUUUUAUGUCGGGUUGGCGGGCGGGCCGGCGUGCAAGGAAGACUUUGUUUUUUUUGGUUUUCAUUUUCUCACUCUCCAUGACGAAAGGGUAAUAGACGGAAACGGAUUCCAAUGUCAAAGAAGCUUAUGGGAGGUUGGAAAUGGGUUUCCAGCUGGGAAAAAGUACAUGAUGACAUACACACACAGACACACCCACAAACACACACAUAACUGCCUAGAGAUUCGGUCCGACAUAACAUACAUUUUCUUACAAUCCUUUACUUUUUAUUUAUAGUUGGCGGUAAUUACAUCUUUGUAGUGUAUAUAGUUGACGAAGCAUCCAUGAUUUUCUGAAGUGUAUUGUUGUUCCAUUUCCCCUA